UUAACACUCCUGAGAGCACAGCCUACAGACAGGCAUCAGAAUAGAAGUACUUGACCUGCUCCACUUCUCUCUUUUAGAAGGGGGUCAUGUAUCAACAACGCCCACGCUACGUGAUUGGGAGGCCAGCCUAUUCCCUGCGUAGCUUUGAUGAGGAUUUCGACAAGAAGAGCCGAAGCUUCCCAGCAGCAGAGAAAGUGAAGAAACUCUUCAGGUGUUCCGGGUCUUGUCUGAAAGCUCUGGCCCUCAGACACUUCCCCAUCCUUAGCUGGCUGCCCAAGUACAAAGUGAAGCAGAACCUCCUUGUGGAUGUCAUCAGUGGAGUCAGUGCAGGCACCAUACAGGUUCCACAGGGUAUGGCUUUUGCCCUGCUGGCAAACCUGCCUCCGGUCAAUGGCCUCUACUCCUCUUUCUUCCCACUCAUCCCAUACUUCUUCAUGGGCACUGCCCACCAAAUGGUGCCAGGCACGUUUGCAGUGCUCAGCAUCAUGGUGGGGAUGGUGUGCUUAGAUCUAGCGCCCAAUUCCCAGUAUGAACACUUCAAUGCCACCCUCAACAGCACAGUGCUGGAUGAGGCGAAGAUGAACGCCGCCCGACUGCACAUCUCAGGAACACUGGCCUGCCUGACAGCACUCAUACAGAUGGGCCUGGGGCUGAUGCAGUUUGGCUUUGUAGCAAUCUACCUGUCCGAAUCCUUCGUCAGGGGCUUCAUGACAGCUGCUGGGCUGCAGAUCCUCAUCUCUGUCCUCAAAUACAUCUUUGGCAUCUAUGUGCCCCCUUACAGUGGACCCCUGGCUGUCAUCUACACUCUGGUGGAUAUCUGCUGUGGGCUUCACAAGACCAACAUAGCUUCCCUGAUCUUUGCGAUAGUCAGCAGCGUGGCUCUCAUCGUGGUGAAGGAGCUCAACGCACGAUUCCGACACAAGAUACCUUUCCCCAUUCCCAUGGAGAUCAUUAUCGUGGUUGUAGCCACAGCCAUCUCUGGGCCUCUGGACAUGCCACAGAAAUAUCACAUGGACAUUGUGGGGCACAUCCCUGCGGGGUUCCCAGCUCCCAUCAUCCCUGAGGUGAGCCAGUGGGGGGACAUGAUCGGGACCGCCUUCUCUCUCGCCAUCGUUGGGUACGUGAUCAACCUGGCCAUGGGGAGAACGCUGGCGGCCAAGAAUGGCUACGACGUUGACCCCAACCAGGAAAUGCUGGCUCUUGGCUGCAGUAACUUCCUGGGGUCAUUUUUUAAGAUCCAUGUCAUCUGCUGCGCCUUGUCGGUCACGCUGGCUGUGGACAGCGCCGGGGGCAGCUCACAGUUUGCCAGUUUGUGUGUCAUGUUGGUGGUGAUGGUGACAAUGUUGGCAUUAGGAGCGUACCUCAAGCCACUGCCCAAGUCUGUGCUGGGAGCUCUCAUUGCAGUCAAUCUCAAGAACACUCUUCUACAGCUCACAGACCCGUACUACCUCUGGAAAAAGAACAAGCUGGACUGUUCUGUCUGGGUUGUGAGCUUCCUCGCCACUUUCUUCCUCAGCCUGCCCUAUGGAGUGGCCAUCGGGGUGGCCUUCUCAGUACUGGUGGUGAUCUUCCAGACACAGUUCCGAAAUGGUUCAGAACUGGGACAGGUCCUGGACACAGAUCUCUACAAGAACCCUAAAGUGUACAGCAAGGUGAAAUACAUCGAAGGGGUGAAAAUCGUUAACUAUUGCUCUCCUCUCUACUUUGCGAAUGCUGAAAUAUUCCGCCGAAAAGUCAUCAAAAAGACAGGGCUGGACCCUGGGAAAAUGCUCCUUGCCAGGAAAAAAUUCCUCAAGAAGCAACAACAGGAGAUGAGAGAUCAGAAAAAAGAGGAGAAGAAGUGGAAGAGGAGUUCUCUGAUCAGCAUGAAAAACCAGACCACCUCAUUGCAGCAGCUACAGAAUGACUUUGACAAUGUCGGCUCCACCAAAGGCAGCAAGCUGGAAGACGGACUGUCCCCGACCUACGUCAAUUUUAACUGCAGUGUGAUAGAACUGAAUGAGCCAGGCCCACAUGACUCACAUCUCCCUCCAAUCCCGGUCCUUCCCCCACCCCCGCCUUUCCACACCCUGAUUCUGGACCUAGCAGGAGUGUGCUUCAUCGACCUCAUGGGCAUUAAAGUCCUCACCAAGAUGAGCUCAAGCUAUGAGAAGUUGGGUAUCAGGUUGUACCUGGCGAAUGUUCAAGCUCAGGUGUACGAGGAGCUGGAGGCUGGAGGGGUGUUUGAAGAAGGAAGUUUGGACCCCAGUCAUCUCUUUCUAUCUGUUCAUGAUGCCAUACUUUUCUCUCUGGACGAAGCACAGCACAGCACAAAAGACCUGGACAAGGGUGAGACGGAGAGGAAGGAGCUGGCCUGUGACAUUGAGGAAGGGCAGACAGAUUUGGAACAGGAAAUGUUCUGAAGGGUGUCCAAGAACAGAUGGCUUCUCAACCUCAACUUCAGACCGACAAAGGGGGGUAGAAGGUUUGAGUAGGUGCUCAGUAAAUGACCACAAAACCCACCCUGCAGACUCUCACGUGGACCUUAUGCAUGAUGUUUGAUUACUAUAAUCAAUUAUAGUAUAAGCUCAAAAGACAAAACAAUUUAGAAACUUGUGGCUUUAACUAUAUGCAAAUCUGACUAAGUAACUCCCUACAAGCAUUCUCUGCUUUUAUUUCUUCACAUAUUAGCAUGACACUUUUUGCAAAAACUAUAGGGAGGGAGUACUGAUAAAUGGAAUAUAUUAAUAUAUAGAAUACAAUUGAAAGAAUCUGUUCUAUCAUGGCCAUAAAGUGAAGUCACACAAUUCUGUUAAAUGCAAUAUGCAUCUUAGUUCACUCAAGUAGUAGACACUUCCACUAGAACACUGUUUAUACAGAGACUUUUCCUGAAAGCUCAGUUUACUUGUUUCUGCCUAUUAUAGGUUUAAUUACUGAAGUAGAAUCACCUGGUGAUAUGUAAUUAGCUUCUACAUCUUUUCAGCCAGAUCAUGUUACUUUUCAAGCUCCACAAGGGUCUCCAUAUGCACAUACAGUAGUACAGUAUGCAUGAACAAAUUACUGUAUCUUUUUUCUCACUGUACAACUGGCUGUGAUUAGGAAUUUGUCUAAGUGUGGUGGCAGCCCAGUUUGACCUACAUCAUGCAAACAAGGUAUAUGGCUUGCACUUUUACUUCUCUCUCAGAAGUUAGAAGAGGAAAUCCAAAGAUUGAGACCUCAGGCAUUAUCCCAUCUUCAAAGACAUUACUAAUUGCAUACAUUCACACAUGACCCUUUCACUCAGUGCAUGAAGUUAGGAAAACUCUAAUGCAGACACCCACCCAAGCUGUAUCCACGCAUACAGUAUUUCAACUGCUUUCAGUUUGGUAACGACCAUUUAUUAAAUUCUUGGGAAUAUUUUUACUUUGUUAAAAGAAACCAAUGUAUUUAAAAAGCUGUUAACUGUUAAUGCUGUUAACUUGACCUGAUUUACUGGGUGACACACACAUCCCAGUUGUACAGUUUUGCUAGUCAAAAUAUAAAUGAUACAGUAAUUUUGCAAGAUGCUGUACCCUCUUAUAGUAUUGGGAGAGAAAAGUAAAAAAAUGUAACAUUUGCUUUACAGUCAAGCAAUUUGUGUUUGUGAUCAUGACAUUAAUAUGAAUGAACAAGUACAGAUGUUUUAUUUAGGGGGUAAUUCUAUGCAUAUAUUUGAUCACACCAGAACAAAAAUAUACUUUGUGUUCAACCCAGCAAUUUUAGAGGUCAUUCAAGCUUACUGUGUUUCGGAUUGGCUCUUUCUCCUUGCCCUGCAAUGAACAGGCAUUUAUUCAUCCCAAAAAAUGAAAGUUCCCCCCCAUUUGGCAAGUAUUCAUAUAUAUGAUCAUUGAAAAAAUAAACUUUCAGACUCACAAAAUUCAAGAUGAUUAAACAGAACUUAGCAAAACAAUUACAAAAUAGGAUAGAGGAUAGAAGACUGGUACAUUUAUUUUUACUAUAUGUUUUAACUACACAACAUUAAGGGAAACAUACACAUAUAUCUUAUUUUUCUCAUCACACUUCCUGAGAUUUUGUGAAAACCGCUCUCUGGAGAGGAUGUGUUUUUUACUGUUAUUAUUUAAAUGGGUAUCAGUUCUUGGGCUUUAUUUCAGUUCAUUGCGCAGGGAAAGAGGGAGAGUAUUUGCUCUGUUAAGUACACUCAAUCUCCACAGGGAGACAUAAAGUAAGGAGCAGGCAGGUACUGAGAUAGGAGAGGCCCUGCUCCUGAUAAGGACUUCACACAUUGCUAGAUCCCAGCAGCACCACAAAGCAGCUGUGAAAAGCGAAAGUUCUUUAACACUUUCUUAGACUGCAGUUCUGCUGGACGCACUCUGUCUUUGACAAGAAACGCAUGCAAACAUCUAGACAACUGGAGGGCUUCGAAGGAGUCCUUCAGGCUGUGUAGUCUGACUGUACUCCCAUUAAGACACCACAUUUGCACUAAGAGAGAUGUUGGCGUGCAGUUUUUGGUAUCUGUAGAAGAUUAAUUUAUUAAGAUGUUGGUGAAGUAUUUUAGAAAUAUGUUUUUUAUAUUUAUGUUACAUCUGUUUUCUGUCAUUUAUGAUAAAACGUAUGCCAAGAAUUUCUCCAAAUAUAAUGCCUUUUAAUUCUCAUCAGUUGUAAUAAAAGGCAUCUCUCACUUUCAUACCCACAGCCACAAUACUGUCUAAGGUUUUGUGUUGUCAUAACCUCUGGAUCUUCCAAAAUCUAAAGGACUUAAAUAAAUACAGUGUAUUGGAUUGUGAUGCUGUUCUUGUGAAUGUGAAGCCAUACACUUCUUGUUCGUCUAUGAGUUUUUUUUUCAAUUGACAAACAUUGUAUUAUGUUUUCUGAACAAAUAUUGGUAUGAAUAAAAUGCAUUUGGCCUGCUCCCUCAAAACCAAGUUGGUCAGGGGUAAUUCUCUGUUUUAAAUUAUUAAUGUUGGUGGAAACCUGCAGUGAACUUUAAAAAGCUUUACACCAUGUUUUUUAUGCAGUUUGCAGAUAGAACUACUGUAUAGAGAUACAGAACUUUUCCAGGAUCUUAUUUGCUAUAGUAGAUAUUAUACUUUGAUAUUAACCUGCCAGUGCAUAGUUUUGGGAUAACAGGCCAUAUACUUCAUACUAAAUAAAUGAUGAGGGCUCUCUUGACUAUUGGGAAUAUUAUAUUUGUUAUAUACUUAUCAUCUACCAUAAGGCCUGUUGGCUUUUGUCUGUAUUUCUAUUUGUGGUUUUAUUUUGUUUCUGGGAAAGGAGUCAUCAGAAACAAAGGUCAGCUUCCCACCCCUUGUCUAGUUGUGUUGAAGGUCAACAACCACACACACAGGAGCAAUGUCAGAUUUAACAGUGGAUAUUUUGACCUGUUCUUGUGCUUUUGAUAUUUAGUCAUUGAUAUUAUUUGUAUUAAUUACAUAGUUUGAAUAGAUUUCAUUACUUCAUCUGGGGGUCCUUAUUGAAAGGGAUUUUCCAAAAGGGGUCCUCUAGGCGUUAUAGGUUAAACCCCCCUGGAUAACGUUUUAUUCAGUUUAAAUUUUAGUCAUUCAUAAUUGUCCGUUAACUACUGAAACGUCACAGGCGCCCUCUGCUGGGGAAAGGACCCAUCGGAACACGGAUUUUUUUUUUAUCGGUUUUUGCUUUUGUUGUUCCAUGUCUCAUAGUUCAAUUCUUAUAUUUGUACAACAUUAUAAUAACCUUUUUGACCAAUACAUU